AUGUCUGAUAGCGACAGGCGAACUAAACGCUCUCGGUUUGACCAAACUGAGCCUGAACCAAAACGCCAGUCUCGAUUUGAUAGACGCUCGCGCUCCCCGUCUUCUCGAGCUUCAGAGCCUGUGCGGGAUCGUAGCCCGAUAAACCGUCGAUCCAGCCCGGGUUCAGAGGAUGCGAGCAAGCCUGCCACUCCCUCGGACCCGGCAGCCGCUGCUGCUGCCGCAGCCGCCAGAAUAAAGGAGCAGAUACAAGCAAGACAGGGUUAUCAGCCAUCCUCCACUCCGCCAGGACACUCGGUUUCUAGCCCUUCUACAAAGGCAUCGUCCUCGGUCGCUCAUAUAAAUGGUGAAGUUUACAUGGCAGAUGGCGAUUACAUCAAGGACAUCGAAGUCAACGAUCUCCGAAACAGAUAUACUAUUACGAAAAGCACUACUCAAAAGAUGAUUAAAGAAGAAACUGGCGCCGAUGUCACCACUAGAGGAAAUUAUCUUCCGGACAAAAGUAUGGCAACCCCUUCGAAUCCGCCACUUUACUUGCAUGUUACUAGCAGAACAAGAGAGGGCCUGGAUAAAGCCAUCAAAAAAAUUGAAGAGCUCAUGAAGCAGGAGCUCCCCGCUCUGGUUGAUGAGCGGAGAUUCCGCCGAAGGGAACCACCAGAGCGCGUUGAGAGAGAUGAAUUUGGUAGGCCAAAAUGGCCCGAAGAACGCAUUCCAAUUGACCUGGAACCCAUCCCUGGCUUUAAUUUGCGCGCGCAAGUUGUUGGCCAGGGAGGUCAAUACGUUAAGCACAUCCAGCAGAAAACUCACUGCCGUGUCCAGAUCAAGGGCCGCGGAUCGGGAUUCAAGGAACACGGCACUAACCAAGAAAGCGAUGAACCAAUGUAUUUGCAUGUCGCUGGACCAGACCCUAAUGAAGUCCAAAACGCCAAAGCCUUGUGUGAGGAUUUACUCAGCAAUGUCAAGGAGCAAUAUGAGAAAUUCAAAGAAAAUCCACCACCACAACGAGGCUACCACGGUGGCGGAGGUUAUGGUCAUCGCGAUCGCCAUCAAUAUGGCAUGGGCUAUUCCUCUGGAGGCGGUCAUCAUGGCGGCGGAGGAUAUAACAAUCAUUCCUCCCCUCAAACACCAUCGGGGAUGAGCCCACAGUCUGGCCCUGGAGCAACGCCUACUCCAUCUGCAGGUGGCACUCAGUCGGAUUAUAGCUCUCAGUAUGCCCAAUACUAUGGCGGCCAAGACCCCUAUGCUGCGUAUGGAGGAUAUCAAAAUUACGUUGCUUAUUAUCAAUAUUACCAACAGGCUGCACAACAGCAGCAGCAGCAGCAACAACAACAACAACAACAAGCUGGAUCUACCGCACCUCCACCACCUCCUGAGUCCGCCGCCCCCCCGCCCCCUCCACCUCCACCUUCCUCAGAAACACCCCCUCCUCCACCACCGCCUCCUUCUGGCGGGUAUAAUUCAGUUCCGCCGCCACCAGGUCUCUAGCUACACUGUUCAUUCUAGAUAGGUAUCAGGAAUCUGCUGAAGUAUAAUAAAAUUGAUUAUCGCAC